UAAAGGACCCUGCAUGAACAGAUGUGUCAGAGGCGGAAUGGGGUAUACGGAGAAACACUCAACAAAGUAUCCUGUGCCUUUAAAAAGCAAUCCCCCCCCCUUCCAUUUUUUUUGUGGUACUGUAACGAUGGUAGUGAUGGAGGGGAGAGGGUUCCUUCCCACCCAUUUUGCGAAAAACACCACCGAUGUCCACUUCUCUCUCCGGUCGGCAGGACCCGCCCCUCUAAGGGGGAAUCGGGUAUUAUGAUUGGCCUAGAGCCUCCGGAGAUUCCAGGAAGGUCUUUGCUGAUUGGUGCAGGAGGGCCGCUUUUCAAGGAUGUGGGCGUGGCGGAGGCCGCGGGGUCAAACGAUGCAGGUAGAUUCCCUGCGAGUGUUUUGGAUUCGGAACCCCAGAACCGUGUGUCCGUUUCGAGCCCAGCUGGACCCCCAGCCCCGCCGGUGCUUGCCAUGGCAUGGGCUCUGAAACUGCCGCUGGCGGACGAGGUGAUCGAGUCCGGUCUGGUCCAGGAUUUCGAUGCCAGCCUUUCCGGGAUCGGACAAGAGCUCGGAGCCGGGGCUUACAGUAUGAGCGACGUCCUCGCCCUCCCCAUCUUCAAGCAGGAGGAGUCCAACCUCCCCCCCGACAAUGAGAACAAGAUCCUGCCCUUCCAGUACGUGCUGUGCGCCGCCACCUCGCCCGCCGUCAAGCUGCACGACGAGACGCUCACCUACCUCAACCAAGGGCAAUCCUAUGAAAUCCGAAUGCUAGACAACCGGAAGAUGGGAGAAUUGCCGGAAAUUACAGGGAAGCUGGUGAAGAGCAUCAUCCGCGUGGUGUUUCACGACCGGCGCUUGCAGUACACCGAGCACCAGCAGCUGGAGGGCUGGCGCUGGAACCGGCCGGGAGACCGCAUCCUCGACCUGGAUAUCCCAAUGUCCGUGGGCAUGAUCGACCCCAGAGCAAACCCUACUCAGCUCAACACUGUGGAGUUCCUGUGGGAUCCUUCCAAGAGGACCUCUGUGUUCAUCCAGGUGCACUGCAUCAGCACGGAGUUCACCAUGCGGAAACACGGGGGGGAGAAGGGGGUGCCCUUCCGGAUCCAGAUCGACACCUUCAAGGAGAACGAGAACGGGGAGUACACCGAGCACCUGCACUCUGCCAGCUGCCAGAUCAAGGUCUUCAAGCCCAAAGGGGCGGACAGGAAGCAGAAGACGGAUCGGGAGAAGAUGGAGAAGAGAACGCCGCAGGAGAAGGAGAAAUACCAGCCGUCCUACGAGACCACCAUCCUGACUGAGUGUUCUCCGUGGCCAGAGAUUUCCUACGUGAACAAUUCCCCGUCUCCGGGCUUCAACAGCACGCACAACAGCUUCACCGCGUCGGAGGGGUUAUCCUGCCAUCUACUUAGAAGAGACUGUGAAACCUCCCAGAACCUGUUGCCCACGGCGACCCCGCAGGAGGCGCAGCAGUGGCUCCACAGGAACCGUUUCUCCCCUUUCUGCCGGCUCUUCACCAACUUCUCAGGAGCAGACCUGCUGAAGCUGACGAGGGACGAUGUCAUUCAGAUCUGCGGCCCAGCUGACGGCAUCCGGCUCUUCAAUGCGCUGAAAGGCCGGGUGGUGAGGCCCAGGUUGACGGUGUACGUGUGCCAGGAGUCUCAGCAGAUUCGGGAGCAACAGCAGCAGAAGCAUGAGAAUGGAGAUGCGGCCAACCAGACCUUCUUUGUGUACCACGCCAUCUACCUGGAGGACCUGACAGCCGCGGAGCUGACGGAGAAGAUCGCCCAGCUCUUCAGUAUCUCCCCGCGGCAGAUCAGCCAGAUCUACAAGCAGGGUCCCACGGGCAUCCAUGUCCUGGUCAGCGAUGAGAUGAUACAGAAUUUCCCAGACGAGUCUUGCUUUGUUCUGGACACAAUGAAAGCUGAAUCAAAUGACGGAUACCACAUCAUCUUGAAAUGAAGGCCAGAGACCCUCCUCCGAAAGGUUUGGGGGUGCUGGAUGCUAUAAGACCCUUCAUCCAUCCCAGAGAGUCCAGCUUGGGACGUCGCCCCUUUUUGUACAGAAACCCCUGCACCCUGCCUUGCCCAGCACGGCUUUGACCUGCCGGGGGGUGUGGGGAGGGAGCCCAGAGUGAAGGAACCUUGACGAUUUUUUUUUUUGUUAGAUGAUUUUUCUUUAACCUGUGACUCAGAGGGGAUCGCUCGUCACUCUCCCCGUCCCAGACGCUAUGGACUGCCCUUCUGGGAAGCCAGUCUGCGCCUCUCUUCGUCUCGUUUUCCCUCCUCUCUCCAGUGGGCCCGUCGCUGAGGUUGAUGUACCAGUGCCCACAGUCCCAAAGGACAGAACAUCCAACAUGUUUUUUUUCCCCCCAGGGCCUCUUCCUGGGUCACCGGCCUGAGGCCUGCUGGUCUGAGCCGGUGCAGUCAGUGCUGCCUGGCUCCGUCGCUAAGUUUAAGCCCCGGCCUGUGUCUGGGGGGAGUUGUAUUGGCUCAGUUAAAAAAAAAAAAUUUGUGUGGUUGGGCAUUGGGGAAGUGGCCUGGAAGAAAGGUCACCUUUUCCCACUGAAGAUUCUCAUCCACACCCAGCGUGACAGACACCCACGCGCGCUGGGGAGUUGAGCUUUGUUGUCGUUUGUUAGGCAAAUGAAAACGCCACUUCUUGACGAUCAUGUAGUGGGUCCAUGUGAUGGCUGUUGUUCCCUUUGGAGGCCUUUAUUGCUGUCCUCGUGUGCAUGCUUGCAGUGAAUUUUCUACGAAGAAUGGGGUAUGCGACCUUUGUGUAACAACAGAAACUAGGAAAUCCUAAGAGCCCUGUAUCAUGUGCAAAUGUGUUUUUAUAGUGCAGCAUGCUGAAGACCGGCAACAAGUCUUUAAACUAUUUUUUGUGCCAACAAGAGAUGUCUUACUAGGCUGGGCAGCAGAACUGAGGGGCGCGUUGAGGGCCUUGCGGUGCUCUCGGACAGUUCUCUAUAGGACAGAACACCUCCCUCUGUGUGCUGGGAAGCCGAUGAUGAUGAUGGUGAGAAUCCGUGAGCACACGCUGUGAAGUUUAUUAUUCUGAGUGCUGUAGGUGAAACUGCGGAUGUUACAGAGGCGGAGUCAGGAGACUCUACUGGAUCAGCCACGCCUCUCUUCUGGCUCUCUGGGAUCCGAGCACAAACACUGUGCUGGUCUACCACAGGACCUGCUCCUCAUAAGCAGCACUGCCCUGGUUAUCGGCGAAUACGAACUUUAAAAGGUUCAUAUUCUUAUAAUUAAGACGCUAACAGAAGCAAAUGGUGCUAAUUGCAGCAGCUAGGUUACCGUUUCUUUGCAUAUUUCACUAAGCAUUGCAUUUAUUAAAAUGGAAAGGAGAGUUUAUUUACAGAGCUAGAUAUUUAUUCCAGAUCUAUCAAAAGAAAGAUCUCUUGAGCCAGUGAUCUUUGUUUCUGCUUAGUACUCAGAGUGAUCUAGACCCCUGAACAUCCUGUUCAUGUUCUUUAAGAUCUAGAACCAUUUGACAGUCUAGAACAGGGUGAACAGCCUCAGAGCUCCCUUUCUGUCCACAUUGCAAGUCUCAUUUUUUCCCCAUCUCCCCUGGAACAGACUCUCAUCCCAGUAAUGGAAUCAGAACAGGGCAUUCAGCCCUUCUUGGCAUGCUUGGCACGCCUUCCAUGUUAUCCUGAAGAAGCUUCGUUAUGAGUCUUGGAGGAAUUCCAGUGGACUGGAUAGGUUGACAUUACGGGGUUGGUUAUUCCAAGCGUUAUCUACACUUGGUAUGAAAGACUGUUCCCAAUAUAGACUCUUUUUAUUGAAUACAUAUGGACCCUUUGCAAACCUGUUAUGGUGGUUCUGAGUUGAGUUACGUGCCAAGUGUAGCUUUUUAGAGUUUGUAUCAUGCUUGGACAGGAUGUUAUUACAGCAGCGGCAAGGGUGAAUUUGCACCCCCUUGAGAAUUGCAAGGCUUCCAGAACUUCACUUCAGCGCAACAAAUAGUGCAUAGUGAUAAUAUACCAUUGAUUUUAUAAGUAUUCUCCAUGAUAUAGUCAUGCUUCAAAAAUUUGAUUCAGGGGUCAUCAGCCUUAGCAGUGAGGGAUUUAACACUUCCAGGAGAGAGGGGGGGGGAAUUGUUUUAAGAAAUCCUGCAUCAAAGGAUUUAGGCAAAGUUCUUAUGUUUAACUGCACCCCCAGUGCACUGAUGUUGAUAUUGCUGUCUAGUACAGCCAAUGCAAGAAGAAUGAACAAGUGAAUCCCCAGAGCUUAGACCUCCCAAACCCUGGCGCUUUUGAGAUAAGGCAGUAAACCUGUGGUGUGUAAAUUGUGCAGUGCCCUGAAGAUCCUCUGCUUUUUUGAGAGACACUGCAUAGAUGAAAAUGCGCAGUAUGAUCAUCGACUUGUUUCCCUCAAGACUGCAUCUGGAGUGGCGACCCUGCAGCUGCUGUCUGGCUCAGGAGCACCACCGAGGACAUAGAAAACAAGGCACACAAGGUGGUUUCUGUUUUUUUUUUAAUCUGACAGUAAAGGUUUUAAUUCUCAGACUAUCUGGAGUCUCAUCUGCUACAGAAACAGAAUCUGUAUCGUGAGACUAUCAAGUUGCCUGAGUGUUUUUGAUCUGGAAAAAAAUAUUCAGGUGUGAUCAGGUGUAUACAAAGCUUUUUUAAAAAAUUUGCUUGCUGUUUAAAAGUUCAACGAUAAUGUAAAUCACUGCUAUUGAAAUGACCGUGUUUGCAUUUAUUGUUAAAUAUAUAGAGGGAUUUCCCAGAUAAAUUCAAAUAAUGGCAAUGGGUCUGUUUUGCUUCUUCAUGUGCCGAAGAAAGAACCUUUGCUUGUUGACGCGAUUCAUCCCCACUAAAAUCUGUGUUCAGUGAGACAGGAGCUUCACAAACCCAGCUUGGCAUCUGUUUUUUUACUUUGGAGAAUGCACAGCUCAUGAGAUAAAGAUGUGUUCAGAUAAUAAGGGUCUAGAGGUUCCAACCUUGCAUAGACUGGUGGGUCCCAACAGUGCCUCUUCAGGGACCUCUGGUAUAAAAGACAGGAGACACGGGAGUGCCCUAGGACAGACGUUGGCUGCCUAUGGCCUAAAAGAUACUCGGUGCACUGUAGCACACAUCGAGCCACUUGUUACAGCUGUCCAGGCCUUGGUAAUUCACGAAGCAGCAGGGUGGACUUGCAUUCAGAGCUCUGGACUCCUAGGUUACGGGUUUGAAUUCUGUGCGAGGACACCGCCUUUGUACUCUUGAGCCAGGGUGCUUUGCUUUGUGUCUGUAAGAAGCCUGGCUGUAUAAGUGGGUACACUCCACGGAAGAGAAUUUGUUUUCAAUUGACGUAAAUGCUGGUCGCAAAUUAAACGAAAGGCAAUUUAGAAAGCAGCAAAGCCAACAUUUCCAACAUGCAACCGUGUUCAGUUAAAGAGAUCAUUUUGGAAUGUGGGAAACACUACAAUACUCUGGCUACUCCUGGCUCAAAAGUGCAGGAAAUGACUUGGCUAAAUUGAUCCAAGACUUGUAUUGGAUCCAAGUCUUAAGUCAUCAUCAGUUGUUUUAAGGAGGACCUAUAAAAAAUGCUGGAUCAUGGUUCUAUGGGAUCAGGGUAUGCUUAUUGUUUUCUUCUGUAAAUUCUUGAUGGGCCUGAACUGCAGUGAAGCGUGGUUCCCUUGCAGGGAGAAGUCACUUUCAUUUUGCUGGAUAUCCACCUUCAAAUACACAACAUAUUGGACCACUGCUGCAGGGAGCGACUAGUUACAGGAAAUAAUGUGCCAACAAUGGAGAUCAGUGAGCAGUUAAGGCAGGGGCAUGACUCUAGGCAUUUAGUGAUCUAAAUUCAUAUAGCGUAAAGGCACAUUCUGCAGUCAAACUGAGUAGUGGGCUUUUUGCAGCACAAAUGUUUGUACAACGGAAAUCUGGCUUCAUCCCAGCCAGUGCUGCCCCAAGUGGGAGUUUCCUUCCAUAUGGUUUUGUAUUCCUGGGGUUGUGCCAAGCACAGCGUGCCUGACUUAGAUCUCUUACUCCAGAGCAGGCCCACUGUACCUGCGACCCGCCCAGUUUGCAUCUUUGCGGGUUGUUGCAACAAGACACUCCUUUGUUGUUGCAUUAAAAUCGGUAUAAAGACGAAUGCAAUGGAGUGAUCGGGAGGUAGGGGCCUCGAGCAGCUAUUUGCUGAAUGUGUGUCUUAUAAUGUUUAAUUACUCAGCAUCCAUUAAAAAAAAAUAUUUUUCCUAUGCAGAAACACAACCGUAAGGAGCUAUUUUAGCUUUGUGCUAGAACUGACUGAUAGAAACGGAGAAAUAAUGAGGUAAUGAGGACUGAAAUCCAGGGAAGGCACUGGACCUCUGCGACUCGAGGUCUAGAUUCUCAUGUGCUUGUGGAAAUCCAUACCAAACCGGAGUGCUGACGUUUUUUUACAGCAAGCCGCUCAAUUCAUUGGCACUCUCUACAGAUAGAAUGGAAAACGGGGACAGGUUUCAAUGUCUUUGAGAUCAGGACUCUGGUCGUCAAGACACAAGAGCCGCGAACACAUUAAAAUAUGAUGUUUGGAUCUUUUCCGUUCUUUAAACGGGAGUAUUAAGCAAACAAGAAAGAUUUUAGCCCCAUGUGUAAGAUGAGGGCGGCCUCCAGUGCUGUAUUGUUUUGUCACGAUAAGCGUGUUAUUUCAUGUAAUAAAAAUACAACUGAUGUUAAUGCUAGAAACUUUUAACAUUUGAGAUAAUGAACUGGCUCUCAUUGUUUGCAUUCUGGUCCUUUUUUUUUUAGUUUUUGUGCAUUUAAUUAAAUGUUCAUAUUUUCUGUAUCGGUUAAUGUCUUUUGUUUUGUUUGUUUUUUAAGAGAGGUGAGAGGGUGCUGCAACUUCUUGUUUUUGUGUCCAGUAAUUCCGUUAACAAUUUUGCUCAGUUUGAUACAGAAUGUCCGUCUUUGAAAUAUAGGAGUGUAAUUGCUUCCCGAGACGGAAUGAAAUAAAACCCAUAUCCUGAGA